ACUCGGGGGCUGAAAUCUCUCUCACUUCCAGCAUUAUCUUACACCAGUGUGUAGAGAAAGUGAGAGAGAUCAGAAGAGGUGGGGUGGUGGAGGGGGUGCAUGGUAAGGGAAGGAAGGGCUGUUCCCGCAUUGUACCUGCCCUCCAGGUGUGCUCACAAGUCUAUGGAAUGUCAGAGACAGGAGAGCAAGGUCUGAGUCACGCACAGGCGUCCAUAAAACUCCUUUUUCUCCCUCUCUCUCUCUUGCACUUUUCACAAAAGGGGAGGGAAGGACCUGUCUCUCCUGCAGGAGACAGAACUCCAAACUUUCUCUCUGGAUCUUGUUUUGAGUAGGAUAUCAUCAACCGUGAAGGAUUACAAAAGGGCAGAGCUGAGAGUUGGCAUACCUUUAGUUCUCCUCUGGGCAGGAUCACAGUCACGGGCAUAUCAACUUAACCGCUCGGGAUCUAGUUCUCUACUGGAUGAGGCUUGUUUCAGGUGGGGACAUGUUCUUCCCUCACAUCCUGGGGGCUCUGCUGUUGCUUCUGAGUGUCUCCAGUGUUCACUGCGAUAAGGUCAAUGCGUGUGUGGCCUCCAGAGCCAAAACGUGCACAGAAUGUGUACGUGUGAACAAGGACUGCUCAUAUUGCACAGAUGAGCAUUUUCAUAAUAUUCGCUGUGACCUGAGAGAAAAUCUCAUGAGCUAUGGAUGCAGUGCUGCCGGGAUCAUUUCCAUGAGAAGCGAGGUUAAAACACUUAUGAAAGAAGAAAUCGACACAACGAUAAGCAGGACACAAGUCUAUCCUCAACAGAUGUCCAUGCGCCUACGUGCCGGCGAGGAGCAUACCUUUGAAUACCGCGUGUUUGAGCCCCUGGAUACACCUGUAGAUCUAUAUAUCUUAAUGGACUUCUCCUACUCAAUGUCUGAUGAUUUGGAAAAUCUUAAAAAUAUGGGGGAUAAUUUGGCCGAUGUGGUCCGCACUCUCUCCACUGACUACACUAUUGGCUUUGGGAAGUUUGUGGACAAAGUAUCUGUUCCUCAGACAGACAUGAGACCAGAGAAACUGAAGCAGCCAUGGCCAGAUAGUACACCCCCUUUCUCUUUUAAGAACGUUAUCCGUCUCACAAAUAACAUUGAUCAAUUCCGUGAGGAGCUCAAGAAAGAGAGAAUCUCUGGAAAUCUAGAUGCUCCUGAGGGUGGGUUUGAUGCAAUUCUCCAGACAGCUGUAUGCACGAACCAAAUUGGGUGGAGACAAGGAAGCACUCACAUUCUGGUGUUCUCCACGGAAUCAGCAUUCCACUAUGAGGCUGAUGGAAUGAAUGUACUAGAUGGAAUCCUGGCCAGAAAUGAUGAGCGUUGCCACUUGGAUUCAUCUGGACUUUACACAUAUGACACUCUUCAGGAUUACCCAUCUGUUCCCACUCUUGUGCGACUUCUUGCUAAGAAUAACAUCAUUCCAAUCUUUGCUGUCACCAACCAUUCCUACAGCUACUAUGAUAAAUUAAGCAAGUACUUUAAGGUGUCUGAAAUUGGAGAACUACAGGAGGACUCGUCUAACAUUGUGCAGCUCCUGGCAGAGGCUUUUAAGCAAAUUCGCUCAAGGAUGGAUAUCAGAGAUGAUAACACCCCUCGUUCCAUGAAUAUUUCAGUCUCAUCAGAGUCGGCUAAAUUGACAGAAGCUGGAUCAUUCCAGGUGACCCGUGGAGAAGUGGGGACAUUUAAGGUUUCCGUAAAGGCUUUAGAGAAAGUUGGCAAUCAAAAAGUUUGUGAUCUUCCCCCUCAAGACCAAUCCGGUAAUGUCAUCCUUAAACCAUCUACCUUCAGCAAUGGACUGCAAAUUGAAGCCUCGGUCAUGUGUGAUGUGUGCCCUUGUGAGCUGCAAAAAGAAAUGAAUUCCCCAAAGUGCAGCAGAAAUGGACACUUCUCCUGUGGACGUUGUGAAUGCAAUGAACCUUGGCGAGGUGAAUUCUGUAACUGUUCCUCUUUACAAGCCAUAGACAGCCAGUCAUGCAUUGCUCCUAAUAGCACAGAAAUUUGCUCAGGAAGAGGAGAGUGUCUUUGUGGCGUUUGCCAGUGUUACGGCGAGUCUCCAGACCAUCAAUACCAAGGAGAAUUCUGCCAGUUCAACAAUUUCCAGUGCACACGCACAGGUGGCUUCAUGUGCAACGAUAGAGGUCAUUGUUACAUGGGAGGCUGUGUAUGUCUACCUGGAUGGGAAGGGGAUGGAUGUGAGUGUCCGACCAGCAAUCAAACCUGCCUGGAUAGAAACGGGGGCUUGUGCAAUAACCGAGGAAAAUGUGUUUGUGGACGUUGCCAGUGUGACUCUGAGUUCCAGUUUACAGAUGGCAUCUGUGAAUUUAGCAGUUCCCUGCGCCUGUUGGGGGCCUGUGAGGAUGUAAGAACUUGUGUACAAUGUCAGGCAUGGGGCACUGGAGAGAAGAAGGGAAAAACAUGUGAAAACUGUGAAUUUAAGAUAAGAAUGGUGGAGGAACUCACAAAAGCUGAUGAGAGAACAGAAAAAUGCUCCUUCCGAGAUGAGGAGGAUGACUGCACCUAUCAUUAUACUGUGGAAGGAUUGAGCUCCGUUGCAGCCAACUACACUGUGCUGGUGCAAAAGAAAAAGGAGUGCCCUCCAGGUGCCUUUUUAUGGCUCAUACCUGUACUGAUCUUCCUGAUGCUGCUCCUUGGCCUCUUACUGCUACUCUGCUGGAAAUACUGUGGCUGCUGCAAGGCCUGUCUGGCUCUGCUGCCCUGCUGUGGACGAGGUCGCGCUGUAGGAUUUAAGGAAGACCACUACAUGUUGCGGCAAAGCCUGAUGUCCUCUGACUACUUGAACACUCCUCUAGUACGAACCGGUAACCUCAAAGGUGGAGACACUGUAAGAUGGAAGAUUACAAACAACGUCCACCGUCCAGCUCCUGCACCAGGGGAUUUAAAUCCUAAAGAGUUAGUCCCAUAUGGUGUCUCACUACGGUUGGCACGACUCUUCACUGAAAACCUGUCCAAACCUCAGACACGAGAAUGUGACCAGCUACGCAGAGAAGUAGAAGAUACGCUGAACGAGGUUUAUAAGGUCAUCCCAGGCACUCACAAAGUGAAACAGACAGCUUUCCGGCUGCAGUCAAAUGCUGGCAAAAGACAGGACCAUACAAUUGCAGACACUGUAUUAAUGGCUCCAAGAGAAGCUGAACCUGAAAUUGUAAAAGUCACGGAGAAACAUGUCUCACAUGAGGCAUUCCAGGACUUGAAGGUCACCCCAGGAUAUUACACAGUCAUAUCUGAUAGAGAUGCCCAUGGUCUAGUGGAAUUUCAGGAGGGGGUGGAAAUGGUGGAUGUGCGAGUUCCUCUUUUCAUCCGACCAGAAGAUGAUGAUGAGAAGCAGCUGCUCGUGGAAGCUCUAGAAGUUCCUGCAGGAACUGCCCGCUUGGGACGCAAAAACGUCAACAUUACUAUCAUCAAAGAACAAGCAAAGAGUGUUGUGACCUUUGUGAAACCAGCAUUCACCUACAGCCGUCAGGACCAAUAUGCUCGUGUUCCGCUUUCACGUGAAAUUCUACAGAAUGGCAAGACACAGGUGACCUAUCGCACCCAAGACCUGACAGCUCGUGACGGCAAGGAUUAUACUUUUUCAGAAGGUGAAGUCACAUUCCAAGGAGAUGAAACGCAGUCACAUAUUUUGGUUCCUCUACUUGACCGGUCAGAGGUGGACACUUUGCUGGGAAACAGACAGGUUAAACAAUUUCUGAUAGAACUGAGCAAUCCAAAGUAUGGUGCCAAAAUUGGCAAGUACCCACAAUGCACCAUCACCAUUGAUGACACUGCAAAUGUUGUACCACAAAUAAUGACACAACAGGCUCUGGGGUCUCCUCGUGGAAAGAUUGGAGCUCCGGUUAAUCUGAAUGCUCAUGCUAUUAGUGCUCGAAAAAUCCGGCUCAACUGGGUUCCACCGCCUGGAGGAAAAGCUUCUGGAUAUAAAAUUCGAUACUGGAUUCAAGGAGACUCAGAGUCUGAUGCCACUGUGAUAGACACCAAGGGGACUUCUGCAGAGUUAGUCAACCUAUAUCCAUACUGUGACUAUGAAAUGAGAGUGUGUGCCUAUGACAUGCAGGACGAGGGCCCAUAUACAGAUAUUGUGACAUGCCAGACGCUAGAGGAUGUUCCAAGUGAGCCAGGCCGUCUGGCAUUUAAUGUUAUUUCCAGCACGGUAACACAACUGAGCUGGGCAGAGCCCGCCGAGACUAAUGGCAAUAUCACCGCUUACGAAGUUAACUACGGCAUGGUGAACGAGGACAACCAACCCAUUGGACCCAUGAAGAAGGUUCUCAUCAAUGAUCCAAAGAAACGAAUGGUUCUCAUUGAGAACCUGAGGGAAUCUCAGCCAUACCGAUAUACUGUUAAAGCUUGUAACGCAGCAGGCUGGGGUCCAGAGAGAGAGGCCACUAUGAACUUGGCCACUCAGCCUACUCGCCCAAUGUCCAUUCCAUUUAUCCCGGAUGUCCCCAUUAUUGAUGCAGAAGGUGGAGAAGAAUACGACAGCUAUCUGAUGUACAGUGCAGAUGUCCUUCGAUCUCCAGUGGGAAGCAAAAGGCCAAGUGUGUCUGAUGAAUCAGAACAACUACUCAAUGGACGUAUGGACUUUUCAUUCCCCGGAUCAGGGAACAGUCUGACUCGGACAGUAACCGGUUACCAGCAGCUCAGCCCCAGUGUUCAGCAGCAGGAAUCCUACAGAUUUGGCAGCACCAGUUCUCAUCAUACAACCAGUAUUUCUGGACAUAGUAAGUGGUUCCUGCAUCCCGUGCAGGAGUACCCCAAGAGACGACUUGCUGGGGCAAAAGUGAAGGGUUACCAUGGCAACUGCGCCAGCCGGGACACAAUAAUUAUGGCUGACAGUCCUAGAAGGAUGCACGCGGUGAUAGCUACAUCAGGACAAAGCAGACUGGGAUUGCCCCCACUUAUGAUGGGCACUGGCAGAGGAAGAACUCACUCAGAAGAUGUUCGUGAUGCCCUCACCAGCUUAGAUGUGGCCAUACAAGAGUCGCGUCUCUCACCUGGAAUCCCUGACACCCCCACCCGCUUAGUAUUCUCAGCAUUGGGGCCUACAUCCUUGAAGGUCAGCUGGCAGGAGCCACAAUGUGAACGACAGGUCCUGGGAUACAGGGUGCAUUAUCAGCUGCUCAAUGGAGGUGACUCAAGAACAAUCGACAUCCCAAAUCCCCGGGAGAACUCUGUGGUUGUGGAAGAUUUACUUCCUAAUCAUUCAUAUAUGUUCCGGGUUAAAGCACAGAGCGAAGAGGGAUGGGGGCCGGAACGGGAAGGUGUUAUCACUAUUGAGUCACAAGUGGACCCACAGAGUCCUCUCAGCCCUGUACCAGGUUCUCCUUUUACUCUGAGCACCCCAAGUGCUCCUGGACCCCUUGUUUUCACUGCUCUAACACCAGACUCUCUCCAACUCAGCUGGGUAAGACCAAGAAAACCCAAUGGGACUAUUCUGGGUUACAUGGUCACCUGUGAAAUGCUGCACGGUGGAGGAGAGCCAAGGAAUAUAUACGUGGAAGGUGAUAUGCCUGAGACAACGCUAACAGUUCCCUUCCUGAAUGAGAACCUUCCCUACAAGUUCAAGGUGCAGGCCAAAACCACACAAGGAUUUGGGCCAGAGAGAGAAGGAAUUAUUACCAUUGAAUCACAGGAUGGAGGAAACUUCUCUCAGUUCGGGACUCAGCAGAUGACACGUCGUGAAGUCUUUAAUUUGCCAACAGAAUACAGUCAAACAAACAUCACUCACUCUACGAUGUCCGAACCUUUCUUCACAGAUGGCAUGUCUUUGACUUCUCACCGGAUGGAAAGCUCUGGCACAGUUACUCAACAAAUCACCAAAGAGUACGUAACACGAACAAUGGCAUCAGGAGGUUCCCUUAGCCGGCAGGUGGAGCGUCAGUUCUACGAGGCCUAAGAAUUGUGUUUACCCCACUGGACUAUGUAACUGCCUAGGUGCCACUUGGGCGACACAUACCUGUCCCUGGCACUUUAUUACUUCGUGCAGCAGGAGUCAUACCCGUGCUUUUCAUCGAAUCCUUAAAACUGUGACUGUGCAUCAUAAGGAAGGGGAUAUGGCAGCCAUAUUGACGUAGGUGCUAUGCAAGGAACCAAAUGGGAUAACAUUUCUACACUGUCCGCAUCAGGCUUUUCAAUGUAAUGCUCAAUAAUUGCAAUGCUUUGAGGGAAGAAAGCGCCGACAGCCCUAUCCCAGCAUCCUCUAUUCCGCUGCAUGCUUUACACCAAAUUUUAUUUAAACUUUUUAUGCUUUGUAAAUAAUUCUUUAAAAGUAUGACAGAAAGGGAGAAUUUAUAUACAUUUAAAGGGAGUCUAUCAGUGGACUUAUACUGCUCGGAAUACAGAAUCGAAACUCAACAUGCCCCACACCACAAACAACUAAGGUUUACUCUAAAAUGCUGCAGCGUUUCAAAGACUGUGGCUUCAGGGAAGUGUCUGGGAGAUGGGUGCCACUGCUUCCCUAUGGCUCAGCUUGAAUGAUAUCUUUCCCUUUAUGCAGAAUUGAGAGAGACCUGUCAAUGAAGCUGAGCGGGUGGGAUAGGAGCAGGGGAGACCACCUCCCAGACACUUACUCAGUGCUACAGCUCAGUUUUGAGUUGAGUGCAACAGAGUAAAGCUUAGUUGUUCAUGAUGAGGGAGUUUGUCAGGAAUUGACGUUGCCUGUGGUUCGGGCAGCAUAAAUCUAUUGACAGAUGUCUUUUAAAGGGGUAUUCCAGGAAAAAAACUUUUUUUUCUUA